GAGAGCAUGAGACAAGUAGAAACAGAGAGAGCAUGAGAGAGAGAGAACAGCACUGUUCCCAACUUCAAAUAAAAAGCACCACAAACUCUUGUAUGCACAAAAUAAAGAAAUAACAAAACGAGUGAAAUGACCUUUUGGAGAAGGCAUUGAAAUUCAGACAGACAAGGGUUCGAGCCCAGGAGAAACCACAGUGUGACUAUAGAAUCAUGAACUUCACAGAAGUUCCUCACAGAUCCAGCUAUGGUUUUCUAAACUCCACGUCUGCAAACUUUACCAUCACAGCAGGGGUUCAAUGGAUUUCGCCAGUGAUGGACAAAAGCAUCAGUGUGAUAACUGUUCUAAUACUGUUCAUCACUAUGGUGUCCAUGGGCUGUACCAUGGAGAUAUCAAAGAUCAGAGCUCAUGUUCUCAGGCCAGAAGGUGUUGCUAUCGCAGUGCUGGCUCAGUACGGUAUCAUGCCACUGACUGCGUUCAGUCUGGCUAAGAUAUUUAAUCUGGGUCCCACUGAAGCGGUUACUGUUCUGCUUUGCGGAUGCUGCCCCGGCGGAAACCUGUCCAAUAUUAUUGCACUGGGUCUUCAAGGCGACAUGAAUCUAAGUAUUGUGAUGACCGCAUGCUCUACUGCCCUUGCUCUGGGCAUGAUGCCCCUACUUCUCUACGUGUACUCUCAGAAUUCUACCAGUCUGGGUACUGCCAUUCCUUACAUGGGCAUCAUUAUUGCCCUCAUUAUGACCCUGGUACCCUGUGCCAUUGGCAUAGCCAUCAACUACUGGAAGCCACAAUAUUCUCAAACAAUAAUUAAAGUUGGUCUGAGCCUCCUGCUUGUUGCUUCUUUGGUGAUUGGUGUGUUGUCUGGAAUCACAGUUGGGGCAACGGCGUGGAUCGUACUGUCUCCUCAACUCAUGACAGUGGCCGCACUCAUGCCGUUUAUAGGCUACCAGCUUGGUUAUCUUCUAGCAACAAUUUUCAGACAAAAUGGACAGUGCAGAAGGACAAUCGCUGCUGAGACCGGCUGUCAAAACAUUCAACUAUGCUCAACCAUUCUUAAAGUGACUUUUCCUCCAGAAAUUAUUGGACCACUCUACCUCUUCCCUUUGGUCUACAUUAUGUUUCAGUGUGGUGAAGCUUUCCUCUUCAUCAUCCUCUUCAGAUGUUACAAAACUUUCAGACUUUCAGAUUGGAUUUCCUGAUUGUCAUGGAUAUGAUAUACUUUUUUGUUUUCUGGUCAGUUCAGAACUAUCUACAACAGCUAAAUUACUAGAGCACUUCUCCAUCUGGUCCAGUUUUCAAUAUCACAAACUCUUUUGGUGCACAUGCAUAUGAUGUGGAAGGCCAGCAACUGUUCUGCUGUGGAAGUAAGUUGGCCAUAGAUAAAACAGAGCCAGGGCUGUUAGCACCAGUGCUAGUGAACUAAAAAUUCAUUAGCACAGAUUAAAAUGCAUUAGCACACAAAACAGUAUUUUCGAAAUUGUUUAUUGCUAUUUUUA